AUGUCAACCCAGAUUCAAAUCCAAGGCAGGCAGACAGACAGACAGACAGACGAAUUAUGGCUAUUUUUGGCACCGCAGAAAAGCUGGAGUUUCACAAAUAAGCCAGUAUUCAUCCAUGCCUUUCUCCCCCAGGCUUGCAAAAAGGGCUGCGAUGGCCUGGAAAGGUCUGAAGAGGAUAUAGUAAAUUUUGGGGAGUUUGGCCGUCGGGCAAAGACAUCCUUUCGUCGAGAACAAGCCUCACACUGUGGACGAGGUGUCACCGUCACCGCCAUGUUUUUGCGAGGCGAGCAAAGCGAGGACGGAUACUAUGCAUCUUUGCAAACGCCGGAUCGAUUGACAAACCACUUGUAUCAGCUGUAG